UUCUUUGUUUGCAUUAAGCUGUCAAUUCUGUCAUUUCUUUUCGCCUUUAGUUUUAGGACACGUCAAUUAAUCUAUUCUUGUAGAUCACAAUGAGAUUGUUACCCGGAUUAAUAUUUCUUCUGGUGAUACUCCAUGGUUCUUAUGCACCCCCGGUUUCCCCAGACAAAUCCAAUGAAGACAGUGAAGUCAAAGACAAUUUGGAGGAGUAUAUGGAAUAUCACAGGUACCUAAAGGAAGUUGUACAAGCUCUAGAAAGUGAUCCUGACUUUAGGGAGAGAUUAGAGAAAGCUGACGUAGAAGACGUAAGGUCUGGCAAAAUAGCUGAUCAAUUGGACUUUGUGAACCACAACAUAAGAACUAAAUUGGAUGAGAUCAAACGCCGAGAGCUCGAGCGGCUCCGCUAUUUGGCAACGAAGCAAUACGAGUUGACUAACAACCUAGAUGCACAUAUGGGGAAAGUUCCGGCCAACGACCAUUUGGACCAUGCUAAUCCACAUACAUUUGAGAUUGAAGAUUUGAAAAGACUUAUCAAGAAGACAACGGCAGACCUAGAAGCUGCUGACAAGCAACGAAAAGAAGAAUUUAAGGAAUAUGAAAUGCAAAAGGAGUUUGAGAAACAUCAAAAACUGGAAGGGAUGGAUGAAUCCCAGAAAAAGGAGUACAUGGAUAAAGUAAAGGUAGAAGAAGAUGCCAAAAAGCAUCAUCAGCCGCUCCACCACCCCGGUUCUAAACCACAACUCGAGGAGGUCUGGGAGAAACAGGAUCAUAUGGAUCAACAAUUUGACCCUAAAGUUUUCUUCAUGAUGCAUGAUGUGGAUGGUAAUGGUGCAUGGGACGCUGAUGAAGUAAAGGCCCUCUUCAUUAAGGAGUUGGACAAGCUGUAUGGACCCGGCGGACCCAACAAAGACCUGCAUGAGCGAGCUGAAGAGAUGGAGCGCAUGCGCGAACACGUGUUCAAGGAGAAUGACAAAAACCAUGACGGUCUCAUUGACUUCAACGAGUUCAUGAUGGAGACGCAGAAGGCUGAUUUCAAUCAGGAUGAAGGCUGGAAGUCUAUUGACGAAAAUCAAAUCUACACACAAGCAGAGUACGAAGAAUACGAAAGAAGGAGGCUCGAAGAGUUGAGAUAUUUGCAACAACGCGGAUUGGUUGAUGCACAUGGUCGCCCAAUUCCUGGGUCUCACCAUCAGGGCUACGAGCAGCAUCCUCAAUAUCAACAGCAGCCGUAUCAGCAGCCCCCACAUCAUGGACAACAAUACUAUCCUCAAGGUCAAGCACCACAAGGUUAUCAGCCUGCGCCCGGACAAAUACCUCAAGGUUACCAACAGCACCCCGGUCAAGUUCCUCAACAAGGCUACCAGCAAUAUCAACCUCCCCAAGGUCAAUACCAAGGACAAGUACCACAGCAUCAGGGUCAACCUCAGGCGCAAUACCAAGGACAGCCACCUCAGCAACAAGGUCAACCUCAAGGACAGAUACCUCAACAACAGGGUCAAUCUCAGCAACAGUACCAAGGACAGGUGCCUCAACAACAGGGUCAAUCCCAGCAGCAAUACCAAGGACAGGUACAACAACAGCACCAGGGUCAACCCCAAGGUCAACCUCAAGGUCAACAAGCACCUCAGCAAGCGCAACCAGUAAAUACAAAUCAAGGACAGGCCCCUCCGGCUGCACCUGUCCAAGCUCAAGUACAACCUGUACAAGGACAGGGAGUACCCCAAGGGAAUGUACAGGGUCAGGGUCAACCCCAACAAAGUCAGGGUCAAGCACCACCGCCGCAGAAUAACCCGGUACCACCGAUAGACGCCUCACGGCAUUAGACUAUACUCAUACUGAUAAUAAUAAUUUUAUUUAACUUAAUAAUCCAGUUCCAAUUCAAAAUAUAAUCUGAUUUCUAUAUUUCAUGAAUGGAAAUGGUGCCAAAACUGUCUCACGCUUCUUUUGGAAUAUUCUGUGCUCGCUUCCGAAUUGUCUCAAUCUAAAUUUAGUCUAACUAAUUUUAGAGACCAACGUUAUACAAUCAUGGUUCUUAUAUUAUAAGUAGCUUGCUGAGGUUUAAUGUAGUAAAUUAAUUAAUAAAUGGUUCAAUAUUCAAAUUA